CUAAUACUCUUGGCGUUGCUAGUUUUUUUUGCAAACGUAAGUUCUUGUAGUAAAUUGGGAAAUUUGCAGGGAAAGAAACUGAGAGUCGUCACAGGUCAUUUUCCUCCCGUAAUUUCCGUUUUACGGAACUCUACCGGCCACGUCGUUGGAUAUGCAGAUCUUCUUUAUCAGCAGCUGCUUUACUUAUCAAAGAGUUUAAAUUUCACUUUUGAUAUAUUCCCCUCGAAGGAGAACACCAACGGAGUCAAGCUGAGCAACGGAACUUGGAACGGCAUAAUUGGCUAUCUCUUGCGAGAUGAAGCUGAUUUGGGUUUAGUACCAUUUGCCAUUACCCUAGAACGCUACGAGGCUAUUGAGUUUAGUGGAAGAGUGGGAGGAGACAACACGGCAAUCCUGGUCAGAUAUCCGGAGCCAAGUAUUUCCUUCACUGGCGCAUUUGACGUAUUCCCCACCGGAAUUUGGAUCGGUUGGAUCAUUUCUUGGGUAGCGGUUGUUGUAGUUUCUGUCGCUGUGACUUACGUGACAAAAUAUUUACGCUCUGGCCGUUCUGAUGGCGCUGGCGAGCAGACCGCAAUGCAAGCCAGAAAGGUUGCAUGGUAUUUGUUUGGUACCAUCGUUUCCCAAGGGCUCCGCUUUCCAUCAAGUUAUGUGUCGCAGAGACUCUUGGCUGCGGCUUGGUGCCUCAUAGCUUUUGUGUUUGUCAACGUCUAUUGUUCCACGCUGACCUCUUACAUGUCGGUGACUUACCAAAGACCCACAAUCAAUUCUGUUCGUGACUUGGCGUUCACACCGUCAUACAAGGCGACUGUCAUAGCUGGUUCCAUUCAAGAUAUUGAUUUACAGCGAUCGCGUAAUGAGAUUCUGAAAAUAAUUGCCGAAAGAGUUGAAAAAUGUUCAGCCGAUUGCAAAAAAUUCAACUUAAUUGAUUUGGCCACAACAGUAUUGGAGAAAGACAAUUACGUUUCAAUAUUGCCUUAUACAGUCGGCAUACUGCUUUUGAAAAAUUACAACUCCGAAAGAACACAAUGCCGUCUGGCCUUGGCUUACGAGAAAAUGUCGUGGAAGCCCAUGUUCUAUGGAGUCCCGAAAUCUAGUCCUUACAUAGAGGAAAUUAACCAAGGAUCCCUAAGAUUUAUAGAUAGUGGACUGCGUGACUAUUGGUACAGAAAUGAGGAAAAAUUGCCGGCGCAAUGUCAACUGAACUACAACAGCAAGGGCGUCGCGUCCAAGAGAUCCAGCAGCCGAAUCAAACUUGAGCAGUUUUAUCUGCCAUUCCUCAUUCUUUUCGCUGGCUAUUUGUUGGCACUUGCGCAAUUCUGCCGCGAACAAAUUGGGCGUUGCCUCUCGACGAAGAAAAUUUAAAACUCGUUAUUUUGAAUGUAAAGAAUAAAGAGGAAACACUGAGCGCACGAAAUUAUGAUGGGCGAAAUAUUGCCUUGGCGCUAUAUUACCUUAAUGCCAAAAGUCAAGUCAUAAACAUAGUUUAGAUGGCGAUUUAAAAGUAUACUUUUUUAAAAAUCGAUUUUCUAUAGAAAAUAAUUUAAAAAA